AUGGUGCAGCUGCAGGGCCAGGGCAGAGGAUGUGCUGUGCCCGUGAGCCCGGCCUGGCACAGGCACACUGGGCUCCGGGUGCCCUUGGAUUAUUCCCACGAGCUCGUCUGCCUCACUGCAAAGGAAAAGAUCAUUGUGCCAAUUCGGGCCAUUUCUGCCCGAGCCAUCCUGGACUUCCCUGACCAGCUGGACUUCUCCGUGUGUCCGGUCAAGUGCAGCAGCCAGAAGACUCUGCUGGUUCGCAAUGCCGGUAACCGGGAAGCUCGUUUCCAGCUGAGCACCCAGAGUCCUUUCUCCGUGGUGCCAGCCACAGGAACUCUGGGCGCGGGUGACACCAUGCAGGUGACAGUGGGAUUUCACGCGCUGACCAACGGUGACCAUUUCGGGUCCCUGUGCUGCAACACAGGUGAAGAAAUUUUCCACACAAAGCUCCACGGAGAGGCUGUAGGUCUCAAUGUUGUUUUGACCACGAGUUCCGUGGAGGUUAAGACUUUCAUCACCUUGUCAAGCCAGACAACCGUGUUCAUCGAAAACAGGAGUAACAUCACAGCCCACUUCCAGUGGAAGGCUUUUCCUACAGAGGAAGAAGACAAUGAAGAGAAGAGGAGGCAGUGUCGUUUGCUGCGGCUGCCAAAAGAGGUGUGGCAGGAAAACUUAAUGGAGGAGAAAGAAAUAGAGAAGGUGAAGGGCUCUUGUGAAGAUCGCACUGCCCUCCUGAACAGCAUGGUCCAGGAGGAGAUGGCAAAGGUGCAAGAAGACCCCAUGCUGUUCUCCAAUGACUUUUUUUUCAUUGAGCCAAUGGUGAAACUGAUUAACCAAGGAGCUAUUGAUGCUCCCUUCAGCUAUAUCCCUUCAACCACAGACAUGGGCUUCUGCUUCAAGUUUGCACCCGAGGAGGGCAUCAUUGCACCAGGUGGGACCCAGACUGUUCAGAUCUCCUUCAAUGCCCCCAUGUUGGGGUGGUUUGAGGAAGAAUUCCAGUUCAGUGUGGCUGGAUCUCCUACACCUGUGAUCCUCACCAUCAAGCUUUCCCUACACGCAGAGCUGUCGCCUCACUAACACCUCCGUGGUGCCCGUGACGUUCAAGCUCCGCGUGUUGGACGAUGGCACGCAGCCGGCUGUUAGCAGCUUUGAUCAAAUACGCAACGACAGAGACCCAGCCUGGAAGAAGGGAAUUCGUUUUUAUGAGGAGCCCAGGG